CGAUAGUGUCAUAUUAUCGAAAAAUUAUCGACAGCGAAACAUAUGUUUAAAAGGCAACAUUUAUUUAUUGCUAAGUCAACAAACCAGAAUUUUGAAACAACAAUAUGGGCGAUUAUGAUUCUGAUGAUGAAAAAUCACAAGUGGAGAAGCUGCGCUACGCCAAAGUGCCGCGUGGCAUGUUUGUAAGCGGUUGGGAUGAUGAUACCGAUGAACUUAUCGAGGAGGACAAAAAUCCACAAGCCAGCAUUGAACGCAUGAUAUUGUGGGCUGUGAGCGAGAAUCGUAUUAGUGAGGUGCGCGAAAUACUACAACUGGAUGCAGACACCGUCAACGCAAAGGACAAUGAUGGAUACACACCGCUGCAUCGUGCCUGCUACAACAACUUCUUAGAUAUUGCAAGACUCUUGCUCCAGUAUCAGGCUAACCCUAAUGCCCGCACCGAGCUGGGCUGGACCCCAUUACACUCAGCCUGCAAAUGGAGUCAUGCUGAUAGUGUACAGCUGCUGUUGCAAUUCGGCGCUGAUGUGAAUGCCGAAUCGGAUGGACAGCAAACGCCGUUGCAUGUAACAGCCACCGUUUCGAAUUGCAGGAAUACGGCAACUGUGCUGCUCAUGGAUCGCAAUAUACAGCCGCGCAAGGAGAACAAUACAGAAGAAACAGCAGCUAUUAUAGCACGUCGUACGGGCAUGAGCUAUUUCAUCUUUGAAAUUGCCGAAGAGGCCUACGAUUGCAACACAGGAUUGAUUGACUGA